AUGCAUGUGCAGGUAGACAACCUCAACCUUAUGGCUUUUCUCCCAACUGAAGGAGGUCAGAGUGAGCAGUUCAAAGGACGAGUCUCUCAUUUCCAAAAUGAACUGAAGCACGGAAACGCCUCCAUCGUCAUCAGAGAUACGAAUGUGAUCGACAGUGGAAGUUACAUCUGCGUUUUUCCCCGUCUACAGCCAGAUCAAACAUUCCACAUUGAGCUUGUUGUUGUUGGUUGUGACCCAUGCUUGAAAUUGGAGAACAAACACGGGAAAACUGCUGGUGCCGCUCCAGAGCCUCGCACCUCGAUAGUUGACAUCACGGAGUUGGGCGUGCUGCUGAAAUGUGACGUUCGAGGUGCUUUUCCACAACCUAAAGUAGAGUGGCAGGACAGUGAUGGAAACAUCCUUCCUGCUGAGGAUCCUCAGGUCUCAGAGAGAGGAGGCCGCUAUGACGUUAGCAUCCAAACCACUGUGAACAAGCCUUCAAACAACCGCUUCCACUGCGUCGCCACACAGCAGCUGAUCGGACACAGGGUUAAAGCCAACAUCACCGUGUCAGAGAAACUCUUCGAGGAAACGUUCAGCAAAGCGGAAAUGAAUGCACGGUUCUCUGGUGGAAUUAUUUGGGGAGUUGUUCUUACUCUGCUGCAGUUUUUGCUCUUGCUGUAGUUCUAGCUCUGCUUGCAGCUAUAAUGUUGAUCAUAAAGCGCUGUUAAAAAGGUUCGGCUGGCUCAGCUCCAGUAUAGUUUGUUGG